UAUUGACAUGUGUAUUUUAGAAGUGUGCAAGGAAUAGACCUCUGCUAGGCGGACCCUGUUGGUCUAAGUCUCUCUAUGAUAGGUUGGUGGAAGUCUGAGAAACCAUUACGUCAGCAGUUAAUGAAGCGACGACUCUCCCGUGGGUAUUCUCCGAUUGACGCGGAUUAGCAACUAAUAAUCGUCUCGCAUGUCGUAGGGUCGGGAGUGUCAACAGGCGCUGUCAAACCUACACUGUAUCAUACACAAACUGUCGUCUACGAGUCGUCUGCUUCGUAAAGAAAAUCCAAUAUUUUUUCAUGAAUGAUUGGUCUCCGAUUUUGAAUCAGUUUCCUGGAUUUAUGGAAUUUUUCAAGGAAAAAGUUUAAUCUUCAUCGCCAGUCCGUAUAUCUCCCUUCUGAAGAGGCAUAGUUGUCGUCUGUCGUACUUUUGGAUUGGAAGAAAAGUUGCAGCAGACGACAACCCCAUAUAUCACUCUCACUGAACCUCCAUUCCAAGGACGGUAGUCUAGAAAAAUAAAUAACUUUGGAUAAGAAGGAACUGUCUUCAGCCAUGAUGAACGGGAUUCUAAACUCCGGUCCAGCACAAAUGCCGACGUUCCAGAAUCAUUAUUCUACCGGCGGACAUUUUAGUCCGAUGUACUCUCAGCAAAGACCUUCUUUUGCCAUCCAGGAAAUCCUUGGACUAAAUCCUUCUUGUCGCCAAAAUUCGAGUCCAGAUCUUGUGGACCAUACAUCUAUGGGUCCAUCGGGACUUGCAGGAAUGUACUUUUCUAGUCUUAAUUCCUCGACGUCAAUGCCGACGGACAACUCGACGGCGCAAUUUUUCAGAGAGCAACAGCAGCCGGCGACGUCCACGUUUUGUCCUUGGCGGUUUGAUCUUUCUCAGGGUCCUCCACCUCCAAAUAUAACUGCAUCCCGGUUUUCGGGGGUGUCACGGGUCAACGAUGACUUUCCAUUCAAGCAAAAUCAACAAGAAGAAGUGUCGCGCCAGGCAUGCGUACAACAGGAGAAAGCACAAGAAGCCAGCAUGUGUGGCAAAAAACAAAAGAAACGGCGGAGGCACAGGACAAUAUUCACCAGUUACCAACUGGAGGAGCUUGAGAAAGCCUUCAAAGACGCCCACUAUCCAGAUCUGUAUGCCAGGGAGUUACUCGCCCUCAAGAUAGAUCUACCUGAGGAUAGAAUACAGGUAUGGUUUCAAAAUCGACGGGCCAAGUGGCGCAAAACGGAGAAGACAUGGGGGAAGAGCAGCAUCAUGGCAGAGUACGGACUGUACGGAGCUAUGGUCAGACAUGCACUUCCGCUUCCGGAAUCCAUUGUUGAUUCCGCAGAGGACGGAAUUGAUAAAUCAUGCGCCCCUUGGCUUCUCGGUAUGCACAAGAAGUCUCUGGAAGCUGCACAGAAGAUGAAGGAAGCGGAGGACGACACAACGAUGGACAGCAACGACGGUAAACCAAAGGACAAGGAUGAACUCAAGUCUGAAAGUAUAGCAGCUCUGCGAGCGAAGGCCCAAGAACAUAGUGCAAAAAUGCUUCAAGCCAUCAACAAGGAUGGAACGCCCAAAAUUGACAGAAAAAAUGUCACGAACGAAAAUAAAAAUAAUUUCCAAAAUAACAUGUCGAACUCAAAUGACCUUACACGGCCGAGUCAGUGACUUGUGCAACAAAGUGAUGACUUGUUAACGACUUGUGCACAUGAAAUGAUGACGAGUCAGUGACGUGUGCACACACAAGUGUUGACGUAAGCAGUGCUUGCGGUGAUCUCUCGUAUAUCCGCCCAGACUCAUUUUUACGAACUAUGCUAAUUAGCAGUUUUAGCAAAGUCGAGUGAGGCUCAAUUGUUGUGUGAAUGAGAAAAUAUUGUGUUGUUUAUUAUUUGUAAUCUUAUUAUAGACGUAUGUUGUGUGUUAAAGAUGGGCCCAUAUAUGACAAGUGAAAUGGUAAUAAUUUGCUCAAUCUUGUCAUUUCCCAAGACGUUAUCUGUGCUGUACUGUUCUAUUUCAUAGGCAUGUCCCGUAAAGUGUGUCACGUGAUGUGGGGGCUGUGCGAACAAUAUUUCCCAGUUAUCAUGUAAUGUUUAAAGACAACUCGUAGAUGUCUCAGUUGGUUUGACUGAGUGGGAGUUUGAGUCAUAUUUCAGCAAUAUCACACCGGGAGAAGCCAAUCAUUGUAUUCACAUAUUGUACACAUAGAAAUCGAACCCGGGUCAUAUGCGUGACGAGCGAACGCUUAACCACUAGGCUAUCCCAGCGCUCAGAGGCCCACUGAAAGGUAUGGAACUUGUACCUCAUCUCAAAGUAAGGUGACCAUGGUUUGAACCACGUUUAUCUGCAUCUAAUAUGGCCUUUGGGUGAUUAAUUUAUUUAUUGCAUAAAUGCUUCACAAUGUGUCAAAUAACAGAUUUGAAUAGUCCAGCGAUGUGUUCAUGCAAUGUGUUCAUGCUUUAAGAUCGAUUCCCGUUUUUGGAGUGAGUGGGUUGUGUUGUACGGCGCUUAUAGCAAUAUUCCAGCAAUAUCACAAAAUCAGCAAAAUCGUCACAACCCGGCUUCACACGAUGUACGUUGUAUGGAAUCGAACCAGGGCCUUCGGCGUGACAAGCGAACACUUAAACCACUUGCCUACACAACCCCCUCUUCCUGGUCCCAUGAAGUAUCAAAAACAUUUUACGCAAUAAGAGACUUUGUGUCAGCACCAUUACUCGUUCUGUCCAAAACAAAAUCAUCAAGGAAUAUUUUGAUUUUAAAAUUUCGAUUAUGAUUUUAAUUUUAGUAAUUUUCAAACCUUAAACUUAAACCAGCCUGGAGUCACUUAUCCAAUUCGUCACAUAGAAACCAAUUUUAGAUUACACAAAUAUGUUGUAGGUGUGACCUUGAUAUCUCCGCAUGUUCAUGACGUUUGUAGAACCACUAUAGUUUCGCCUAUGCAUCUGUGUACAUGCCUGUACAUACCAAUGUUAAUAAGAAUCGGCACUCUUGUCAAGUAAUCAAGCUUUAAGUUAGCAAUUGUCUUUGCUCAUGAAAUAGUUAUUUACUAGACUGUGAGCACUGGUCAAUGAGUCCCUUAACAAGUAUGUGUAUUCUAGCACUGGCUUGUACCUCUGGGUGUGACAAAUGUCUGCACUGAAUCUCGUGGUUGAUAGUUGAGGCUGUCACCCUGUGUACUGUUGGUGCUAUGUAACAUGUAUAUCAGAAAGUAAACUAUUUUGAAAUACAAUGUA